AUGAUUGAUAAUCGCAGAGGUUGGCAAGAGAUGUUGUCAUAUGCUUUGUUGGGUUACCGAACGACCGUCAGAACAUCAGUUGGAGCUACUCCAUAUCUGUUGGUAAAUGGAAUAGAAGCAGUUAUACCUGCAAAAGUUGAAAUACCUUCAUUGAGAAUCAUUCAAGAAGCUAAAUUGAGUGAUGCUGAAUGGGUUCGCAAGCGGAUCGAUCAGUUAACAUUGAUUGAUGAGAAGAGAAUGGUUGUUGUUUGUCAUGGACAUCUGUAUCGACAGAGAAUGAUUCGUGCUUUCCACAAGAAAGAUGAGUACAAAGGAAAAUUUGCACCAAAUUGGCAAGGGCCCUACAUGGUUCGCAAAGUGUUAUCUGGAGGUGCCUUGAUCCUGUCAGAGAUGGAUGGCACCGAAUGGCCGAAACUGAUCAAUUCAGAUGCUGUCAAGAGAUACUAUGUGUGA